CGGUUGUAUUGGUACGUGCGCACGCGCCGCAAGUUAGACAAACCUCGCGUGGUCUGUGACGUAGUGUCCCGUUUGUGAAGUGUGGAACGGUUGCAUGGUGCAAGCAAUAAAUUAGGAAUGCAUUAUAAAUCAUACACAUCCACACCCUACGACGAUGGAGAUCCAAAUGACUUGAAUUGAAUGUUCUAAUUCGAAUUUCGAACGAUGGGUAGCAGCAUCAGUAGUGCCAACAGCAAGAAGCGCUCACAGAAGGAGCCGCAGUCAGAAUCGCCCCGAGUUCUGUUCCUGCUCUAUCUCAUACACAGAACAUGGAACGUGCUUCUGGAACACAUGGAUUCAAAGAGUGCCAGUGAGCUGUCACUCCUAGACGGGAUGGCCAAUAGUGGAGGAUGGAGCGAGGAACCCGUCGCCAAGGAAAAGCAACGACCGCCGAUAUAUAAUCCAGAAGACUACGCAACUUCGCUUAAGAAAUGGGGGAAAAAACUGAGUGGAGGGAGUUUGUACGACUUGGAGCAGGAUCCGAACAAGGCACGGACAUUGCCCAGUCAGGGGAGCAAGGAUUUCAGGAAUCCUUGUCUGGGCGUAGGCGAGGAGAUGAGCCUUCGUCAGUUUGGAUCCCCGAGCGAGCUGCUGACGAAGUUGCGAGCGGAUUUAAGACUCUCAUUUCCCAGUUUCGUCCAAGAGUUCGCGUGUGAACCACUAGAUGGCGUCACACUACUGCUCGAGCUCCUGCGUAACGUACAGCUCAGUCAGGCGGGAGACGCGGCCAGAGGACCACCUGCUGUCAGACGCAGACCGUUGCUUGAUGAACUUUGUUGUUUACAGUGUAUUUGGAGCUGCUGUACCAGGUAUGCAGACUGCGUGAGGAGGUUGGUCACCUGCUCCAACGGAGUGUACGCACUAACUGUGUGCAUCAUGUCAACAGUCAACAAAUCCAGAGUUCUAGCAUUACAGCUCCUGACAAAAGCCUGCUAUCCACCAGCGAACGGUCACAGCAUGAUUUCAGAAGCCCUUUCAACACUUCGACUCCGAUACGGCGAGCCUGUCCGCUUCAGGUUCCUGGUGGGGAUGCUACAGAGUGCUGGAGGAUCUGGCGAGCUUCAAGCUGCCGGUCUGUCCUUCAUCAACGCGUUGCUCUCCAGCGCACCCUCACCCCAGAGAAAACUGUACAUACAAGCUGAGUUGGAACAGGCUGGAUUUGAUGUGGUUACAUUGAAAAAGAUUGUUGCAAAACUACAAAACCCGAAUGAGCAGGUUAUUAAGGAGAUACAAAAAUAUGAACAACAAUUAAUAGACAUUGAUAUGCUCAGCGAAAAAGCAAAUGAGGCGCAAAAAGAGAAAGAUGACUUGAGGCACAAACUUGAGCUUUUAGAAAAACGAGUUAAGAUACUACAAGAAGAAAAAGGAAUACUUAUCUCUUUAGAAAAGUGCCUGAAAGAGAAAUGUUGUGAGUUACAAGAAGAAGUAAGUACUCUUAGAUCUGAGAAUGGAAGUUCGACUCGUAAGAAACCGUUUGUGAUGAAGAAAAAAAACUCCGCUCAUAGAAGAAGAGAUGAAUCAUCACCACCUGAAGACGAAGGCAUUAGUUCAUCAGAACGUUCCCUUAGUCCUGAAGGAGAUCCACAAAGGGAAUCCAUGGUUUAUGAAGUCUUCAAUAUAAAAAACGAAACCUAUGAUUUAAUGCGUAACAAAAGAACUGUGAAUAAGAAAUUAGAAAGCACAAAAAAGACAGAUUACAAAAAAUCCACUGAUGACGAGGAAGAAACUACAAUAGAUGAAGUUAUACAGGAAUUAAGAAAUAUCGCCAACCACGCGGACUCUGAACAAUAUUUAAAUAGUAGAAUACGUAGUUUAUCUAAAAGCACAGAUACAGACUACCAAAAAGAGAAGAGUGUCGAAAAGGAAGGUUCAAUUACAAGCACGCGACAUAGCAUUCAUAUAACUAGUAGUGAUGAAUUUGGUGAUGAUAAUAACUUUGAAGAAGAACAGAUUGUUCCCAGUAAGAUCUUACCUCAUCCACCCAGGAAAGCUAAGAGCUUAGUCCAAUUAUUCACGCCACCAGAACAGGGUAUUAUGUGUAAUAAACCUGGCAUUUAUGAUGAUAAUAUAUACACAAGCGAUGAAGGUUCUGAUUCAUUGCUAAGCGCUUCUCGAUGUGAUCCGGUUUCAAAGAAAGAGUCCAUAACAAGUUUUGAUUUUGAUGAAUGUCGUGCCAAAUUUUUAUCCGUAGAAAGACAAACUGAUGACAAUAAGUUGAGACGUUCAAAAAUUAGAUCAAAAGAAGAGACCAAGAAAAAAUCUGUAAGAAGAUGCGAAUCACUCCAAACUUCAGAAAAAGGAUCUCGGCAACGCGAAUAUAUUGACAGUAUGUUUCAGGACACGCACACGUCCUUGAUAGAACCGAACAUACAAAGAUCCAGCUCAAAAUGCAGUAGAGUUGAUGAAAUCGUAAGUUUAAUAGAAUCAAAAAAGGUAACGAAAAGCUUGGAUAGAAUCGAUGAAGGUCUUAAUUCAUUGGUCGACAUAGUCAUGGUUGCCGAGCCACAGAAGACAACCUGGUCUUACGAAAGGAGACAGAGAUCCUGUUCAAGGACAAAUAGUGAGAUAGACGAGCCUCCUUUAAUCCCGAGAAAUAUGAACAAGACUCAGAAUAAUUUCGACAUAAUGGUCAAAGAUAAAUUCAGAGCGGACCAAAAGUAUUCCACUUCUAAAUUAAGUUCAGCGUCAUUCGAGAGCUCGAGUUUCAAUAACACUUUUUUGAUCAAACGAGGUAGUAAUGCGGGUUUAUAUUCUGGAUCUCAUAUGUUACGAGAUGCCCCGGCGAGUAUGACUAGUUUAGUAAUGAAUGGAACACAUAGUUUUAAUGAUAUAAAAAGGACAUUUUCUCCGGUUAGUACGAGCAGCAAUUUCGGCUUAAAUAAAGUCACAGAUAUGCCUUCAGGAUUGUAUUAACACGUAAAACCAACGAUUAAUGUUAAGUUUCUUGUACCUUUUAGGACUAGUGCAAUAUAAACCACGAGAAACUGUAUUCUAGUUAGUUAGCGAUUAAUUUAAUCAGCACUCAAAUCUUAGUAAUUUUGUAUAAGCAAAAUUGGCUUAAGAUUAUUUCUAAGUAACUGUAAUUCGUUGUUGAUUUUUCCCAACGAAACGUGAGUUGAUAUUUAUUGUCUUUCAAACAUUGUACAUAGUUCAUAGAUACCUUUCAGAAAAUGUUUCAUUCUGACUCUGCUUAUUAAAUUCGUUACAGUAACA